AUGGAUGGGGCAGCGUCGGCCACCCUGCAGCUGGAGCCCUUCAACCCGGCGACGGACUCCUGGAGCCAGUGGGAGGAGCGUCUGCACUACUUCAUCGAAUGUAACGGCAUUCAAGGCGAGAGCAGGAAACGCGCCACGCUGUUGACGGGCCUGAAGGAGAAGUAUCGGCGCCUCUUUGAGCCGGGCCUGGGAGAGCUGAAGGGGGUAAAGGUACGUCUGGACAUUGACCGUACUGUACCACCGAGGUUCUGCAAGGCCCGCUCUCUGCCCUAUGUGUUCAAGGAGAAGGUGGAGGCCCAGCUCCAGAAGGACAUCGACAGCGGCGUCCUGGAGGAAGUGCAGAACAGCAGCUGGGCGGCGCCCAUUGUUCCGGUGCUGAAGAAAGACGGGAAUGUCCGAGUCUGCGGCAACUUUAAGUUGACGGCCAACCGAGCGCAGCAGGAGCAGCAGUGGCAGUUCCUCUCCAUCUCCAAAUGGCAGCAGUGGCAGUCCCUCUCCCACCGGAUGCAUUGA